CCCAAGCUCUCUCAUUUAUCCCAGAUCCCACACUUGUAACUGGGUAGGUAAGUCGUACAGCAUAGUGAAAUACAAACAAAUACGUACCUAUAUAAAACUGGCUACAUCUCAGGUCACACCUUGAUUCAGUCUUUUUGAGUUACCUGUUCAUUUUCAUCAUUAUUGGCUCUGUUGAACAACCAACUGUCUAUAUAAACCACUCAAUAACUCACUCCACUCCCCAUUCAGAUCUGUAUUUCACCUCAGCCGAGAAAAGUGACAAACGUCCAUCAUGGCUGACUCUUCCAUUUCUUUCCUGCCCCUCGGCGCCAUCAUUCAGUCCAUUGUCGUCAACGGCGUCAACAUCGUUCAAGGCUUCCCCACCCAAGAAGACUAUGAGAAGUACAACUAUCCCUACUUUGGCGUGACCGUUGGCCGCAUUGCCAACCGUAUCAAGGACGCCCGCAUCGACAGCCUUAAUGGCAAGGAAGUCAUUCUCGCCGCCAACGAUGGAAAGAACCAUCUCCACGGUGGCAAGGUUGGCUGGAGCACCCGCGUCUGGGACGGUCCCAAGCCCGUUGGCAUCCGUGAGGUUCCUGGUGUCGAGGGUCUUGAGGGCGGGGAGAGCGUUGCUUUUACACUUACCAGCGAGGAUGGCGAUGAGGGAUACCCCGGUACCGUAGAGGUCACCGUUACUUACACGACGGGCACACAAAAGGUCGACGGCAAGGAUGUCACUAUUCUCGCUAUGGAGUACGAGGCCAAGCUCGUUGGCGGCGCUGAUGAGACGGUCAUCAACAUGACCAACCACUCUUACUUCAACCCCAGCGGAAAGGAGACCAUUGCCGACACAGAGAUGACUCUCCCCACAGCCAGCUACCUUGCUGUUGGCGACGACCUCAUCCCCACUGGCAAGAUUGAGUCUUUCCCCGGCGUCACUGCCAACAAGACCUUCACUCUAGGUCCUCAAGAGCCCAACAUCGACCACUGCUUCGUUCUGAACGAGGACCCUUCAUCUGUCCCUCUCGACACCCGCAGCCAGCCCCUCAACCUCAACGUCAAGGCUCACCACGCUGGCUCCAAAAUCAACCUUGAGGUCUACAGCACAGAGCCAACUUUCCAGAUCUACACCGGAGCUGGCAUCAACGUGCCCGCCGUCAACGGUCUGCCUGCUCGCAAGGCUCGAGCUGGCUUCUGCUGUGAGCCUGCCCGCUACGUCAACGCGGCCAACGUGCCCGAGUGGAAGAACCAGGUUCUGCUCAAGAAGGGAGAGACAUACGGCGCCAGAACAGUUUACAAGGUGUGGUCCGACUAAGUUGGGCGAUUCAUCAAAAGAAAAGAAUAUCAAUUGGAUAGAGGCUAUUUAACAACGCCUAGCUAUUGAAACAAUCGGAAUUCAAAGUGAAAU